AUGACGAUAAAGGACCAAACCUCUGCAACUGACCAAGAAAAUCCAAUUUGGGUGCCGGUGCGGCUGACCAGGAUAGUGAAGAAGGACGAGAAGGAUGGAGACCCUGCCGCUGUGCUCAACUCCUUCCUGUGCACCGGCCUCUCCUGCUACUCGCGGUUCCCAGAGCUGGAAAGCCCUGGGUUCAGCAAGGCUCUCCGUACAGCCGCCUUUGCCUGCCCCUUCUUGUUUGACAACCUCCCGUUCUUCUACAGGCUGCGGCUGUGUUGGGGCAGAGCCCACAGCUGUGGGCAGGAUGAGCUGAGCUCCAGCCAUGCCUACCACCUCCUCUGUGCGGUUCUCACAGGCUUCCUUUUUGCAGCCCGUCUGCCAGAGCGCCUGGCACCUGGGCGCUUCGACUAUAUUGGCCAUAGCCACCAGCUGUUCCACAUCUGUGCGGUGCUGGGCACGCACUUCCAGCUGGAGGCAGUGCUGGUUGAUAUGGGCUCCCGCAGAGCCUGGCUGGCCACACAGGAACCCACCCUGGUUCCCAUUGCACCAGGAUGCUACAGGAUAGACCUGUACACCUCCCAGGGCUCGAGUUCCCAUUGCACGGGGCUUCAGGUGUACAGGGUCUCCGACCAUGUGCCUUCCUUGAUCGCUCUCUGCUGA